CUCUUAAUUAGGUUUGUUUAGUGAUCUGUCAACAAGCGGCACUACAUCGUGCAGGAUUUGAAAAUUAUUUUUGUUUAUAGCAGGAUCAAUCAAUGGUGUCCCAGCAGCAAAUUCAAGUGGCAAGCACAACUGAAGUUAUGGAAUCAGUAGAAGCUGAGCAGGAUGCUGUGUCACGUAACAUGAUUCAUCAUUAUGCUGCUAUUAACACGUCCAAUGGGGUGUUGAGGUCGACAAGGAAUGCUGAAAAAGAAACUCAUGGAUUGCAUAGAAUGUUAACAAAUAAUGAUUCAGAUUUGCAGAUGAUUCGUGAAAGGAAGAUAUUAUUCAACAUAGUGGGAAUGCCUGAGAAAGAUGUUCGAGAGGAUAAGCAGCAGAGUCAAAUGACUGGCAACGUUGCACUUGUAAAAUCGGUAAAGGCUGGGAAGAAAGCUGAACCAGUCAAAUUGAGUACUCAAUGUGUCGAAAAAUACAUGUCAGGUGGUCGGUGGAGGUCACGACAGAAUUUAACUGAGACUGAAAAGGAAGAGCGAAGACUAUGUAGAAUAUUAGCAAACAGGGAGUCAGCAAGGCAGACGAUUAGCCGGAGGCAGGCUCUCUCUGAAAAUUUGACUCUAAAAGUUGCCGAUUUAACACGGGAGAAUGAAAAUUUGAAGAGGGCAAAGGAGUUGGCCAUGAAAGAGUAUCUGUCUCAGGAGAGCACCAAUAAGGACCUGAAGGCAGAGGUAACAUGAAUUAGCAUCAAUGGCUAAGGCAAACAAAGCUGACGAAGUGGAAGCUCCUGGAGAAGUUAAGUUAGCCCAUCAGAUUUUCUGGUCCAUCUAGAAAUUAUCCAAAUUUCUUUAUAGCCAACAUCCUUUUACCAAUUUUUGGUGGCCUUCCAUUGUUCAGUCUUCACACCCUCUUCAAUCUCAAUGUGGGCAACAAAAUGUUUUUUUUUUUUUGUUUCAUCAAGCAUUUAUCCACCAACUUAUGGUAUGCUUGAUUCGUCUCAUGAUCAAGAAAAUUCCAGAAAUGUUAAUGGCCCCAAGAAUCCCUUAUAUGCAGUGCCUUACCCUUGGUACAUUUCUCUUCUGAUCAUGGGAAUGGACUGCAUCCUCAUCCUUCUUGUGGCAUAAGUAAUAUCAAAGAAGAGGCUUCUGUGAAUAAUGGAUUUAGUGCUGGUGUUCUUUGAAAUCUGUUGCUCAUGAGGAAUAUAAUCCCUCUUUACCGAUAGAGAUGAGAAAGAGGCUUAUGGCUCACUUGAAGCCAGUUCGAAUAACAUGAAUUAUACUCCACCUAGGCCUCUGCCAGAUGGAGGUGGUCAGUGUGUAAGGUUUCACAUCAAAGAAGAGGUCCUUGUGCUUACACCUCCAUGUUCAGCAGGGGCUACAUUUGUUGAAGAACAGGAGAAUGAACCAGAUCAUGUUGUCAAUACUGAAGGGACUCCAAUAAGAGUAUGCCACAUUAUAGAUGCCUUGCCAGAAGAGAAUCAAGAAUCGACCAAUUCCAUAAGUAAGGAAGUACAGGAUGCAGUGACUGCUGCUGAAGCUAGGAGGAGGAAAGAACUUAUAAAGCUAAAGAACCUCCAAGGUCGACAAUGUCGGGUACAACAAUGAGCUUAUCAGAAAAUGUUUGGGCAGGGAACUCAUGAAGUUAGCACCUUUGCAGGAAUA